CAUAAAUUAAAUAUGAUAUGUGAUAUAAUUACACUGUUGAGAUUAAUUUUCCAAAAGAAAAUUUUAAAGAAAAAAAAAUCUCUUGGGCCAGAUCUCAAACAUGAUGAAUUUAAUUGAGAUCCGUGAGGAAGGAGUUACUCUUCAAGUAAUAUCCGAAUGGGGUCCAUGGAGUCCGUGCAAGCAAUGUAUAAAUAAUCGUGGUAUUAAAACUAGUAGGGGUUACUGCAGAUUAAAGCGCAGUAUAAAUUCAACUAUGAUAGAGAGAAACGACUCGGUUAUUGUACACUUCUUUCGAGAAUCUCCAAUACUUCCUUGCAAAUCUAUUUUGCUUCAAGAUGAAUUUCCCACUAUCAGUCGUAUCCUGCGAUAUCUGCCAGAAUUUAUUUUAAAAGAACCUUGCAAGAAAUGUCCACUUGUAAAGAAAAGAAAGAAAAGUGAAAAGUUUCGAUACGCCAAACGAUACGUUCUUGCCCAAGGCGCGCAUCUCACCGUAGUUUGUCCAGAAUCAAACACAGCAUCGCAAGUAGUUUGGAAAAAAGACAAACUAACUUUAAAGAAAGGAACAGGACAGUCGUUUCGUAAAAGCGAUACGGAGAUUCGAGUGAUGGUAGACACUUUCUCAACACUUUACUUAAUAGAUGUAUCCAAAGAAGAGCAAGGUAACUAUACUUGUUAUGUGGAUAACAUUAAUAUGAUGCGUUUAAAAGUCAUCGUUGUAUCUAAAACUCGGCUUUUGACGCAAGCUUUUUUCCGGCAUUUGGGUUACUUGGGAGUUAUAAUCUUCUUGACUUCAAUCUGCUAUUGCGCGGGUAUAGUAAUAACUUGCCGACAGAGAGAUAAAUUUCAAUCUUUGCCACAAGAUGAUCCAUCAGCAGGGGAAAUUAAGUAGUUUGCCGAAAUGC